AGGCGCGAGGACAGCGUACGUGCCGAAACACCCCGGAUUUGUCGCACCGCCUCCUUUCAUCGAGAGCAGAAGCUUCUUUGGCCUUUUCCGACCCCCUGUGCCCGAUCUUCUUUGCCUCAUCUUUCCCUUCCUUCCCCCCUCGGCAGAGGGAAAUCUGGACUUUCCACGCGAGGACAAGAUUACGUGAAAAUGGGGGACAUUCCACCGAACCAGACGUUAUACGUGCAAAACCUGAACGAAAAGUUGAACAAAGUUUCCCUGAAAAAACUCUUGUACCUCGCCUUCUCCGCCUACGGGCGUGUCAUCGACAUUGUCGCCUGCCGUGGCGAGUCCCUCCGGGGACAGGCCUGGGUCGUGUUUGACUCCGUGGGCAGUGCCACGACUGCGUUGAGGAGCUUGCAAGGUUUCCCCUUUCUGGGCAAACCGAUGCGCAUCCAGUUUGCGAAGGGCAAGAGCAACGCGGUGGCCCUCAGGGAAGGCACCUACGAGCCAGGGAGCAAACGGCGCAAGCGAGGGGAGAAAGACGGAAAGAAGAAGGAGGAAAGCCAAAAGCUCAGCGGAUCAAGAGAUGAGGGGAAGCGAGGAAAAGAAGCAGAGGCGGAGGAGCACGUCGCGGGAAUGGCACUGGCGGCAGGGGAAGUGAGCAGCAUGCUGAUGGCCCAGGAGCUACCUACAGAGUGCACGGAGGAGAUGUUGGCUGUCCUGUUCAGACGUUUCGCCGGCUUCCACGAGAUUCGAUUGGCGGGUCAACGCGGCAUUGCUUUCAUUGAAUUUCGGGACGAAGUAUCUGCACGUACCGCCUUUCAAGCGUACAACGGAUUCAAACUCUCUCAAACCGACGCGCUCAAAUUGACUUACGCGAAGAGGUGAUACGGCAACAUGAGGGGACGUGAGCGGUUAAUAGAGGGGUGUGGAUGAAGUGAGGAACAAUACAUGUCAUAGUCAUAAUAAAUCGGCAUGCCUCAACGCAACAAGCGACAGAUGAAGCCA